AUGACGGUCCGGGCCGACUACGACGUGGUCGUGCGCGGCCAGCUCACGGCCGACAUCGAGGACGACCUCGCGCAGGUCGAGAUGCAGGCCGCGCAGAUCAAGACGCAGACCGCGACCUUUGUGCCCCACAAGUCGCCGACGUCGCAGUACAAGCUCGUCGCGCUCCUCCAGACGAGCAACCUUAUCCAGCGCCUUAUCUCGGGCAUCCUCCUCGGGUCCGCGGUCACGGUGUACCUCGUCCUUGGUCCGCGCUCGGCGCCCAUCUACCUUUGCUCGUUCGUCGUCUCGAUCUGCAACUACGAGUACGCGUGGCUCGCCGAGCGCAUCACGCACCGCUUCACGACGUCGUACCUCGACGACUGCCUCGGCGACGUACACAGCGCGGGCAUGUGCGCGAUCCGCCCGUUUGACUGGCGUCCGCCGUGCC